CAGUACACUAAUCAACAUGGAAGUUCUCAAAUCCAAUUUCGAAGUGAACUUGCCUCUCAUUGAGGAGGCUCUGAGCAAUGCUGAUUUUAUUGCCAUCGAUACGGAAUUUACAGGCCUCACAACACCCGAUGUAUCAUUCCAAAACUCUGACGAACUCCCAGUAAGAUACAGCAAAAUCAAAAACUGUGUUCAAGAGUUUACGAUUAUUCAGUACGGUGUCUGUGCCUUCAAAAAAAAUACAGACACUGGUGAUUAUAUCGCUAAACCUUUCAAUUUUUAUAUCUUUGGUGCUGAUACCAAUGAAGUACAGAGCCGAAGAAUAUUUUCUGCCACACCCAGCAGUUUGACUUUUCUGAGAUCAAAUCAGUUUGACUUCAACAAGCUCAUUGAAGAAGGCAUUCCCUUCUAUAAUUACUCCGAGGAAAGCUCCAUGUUUCAGUCAACUCAUGGCACGAACGUGGUUAACAGACGCUCUGUCAUUUCAGAGGCCUCACUCACCAAAUCUGGUAAAAGCUUCUUAGAAUAUAACAGAAAAUCCAUUGCCAAUUGGUUGGAAGGCAACUCAGAAAAGCCUCUUAUUAUCCAAGUGAACAGUGCCUUUUAUAAAAAGCUAAUUUACCAAGAAAUUCAGGAUACCAAAUACAACGGCUUUCUUAAAGCAUCUCCAAGAGAUAGCAAACAUCUUGAGAUUUCACGCGUAAAAGAAGAAGAUAAGCGACAAAGCACAGUUAAUACUCCAAAAUUGAACUUUCGCGCUGUCAUUGAUUUAAUCAAAAAAGCUAACUGCCCUGUAGUUGCACAUAACGCGGCGUAUGACAUAUUUCAUACAAUUGAUCAGUUCUGGCAAUACUUGCCUAACGAUGUGCAAGAAUUUAAAAAGGUGGCAAAUAGCAUGUGGCCCAAUAUCGUCGAUACCAAAUAUUUAGCAGAAUUCCAUCCAGUUCUGAAGUCAUGCUUCAAUACAUCUGUUCUUGGCUCAUUAUACAAUACUGUAAGUAGCGAACUUCAAGAAUCCGGUCAAGAUGUUGUGAUGGCAGAGGGCUUUGAUAGAUAUACUGGUGAUGGAAAUGGCGUCGAGCAUGAAGCUGGUUAUGAUGCUUACAUGACAGGUGUCAUUUAUCUUGCCUUCAUUGCAUUUAUCCGCGAGAAAGACACUGAUAUCAAUCACACAAACAAGCGAAAGAGAAGUUUGUCAGAGGCGUCAGGGGAAGAAAGUGAAUCCGAAGAAGAAAGCGAAUCGGAUGAUGAUGAUGUCAAUGAUGAGGAAGAGAAGAGUGAAGUGGAUGAUGAUAGUAAAGAGGAUGGAGAAAAGAAUGACAGCUCAGACGCUGAAUCAUCAGAUGGAGAGAUCUCUAGCGAUGAAGAUAAUGGAGGUGAUAAAGCUACAAGUAUUUUUAUGGAUAAGGCUAUAACUCCUUAUUAUGGACGAAUCUAUUUGAUGCGAUCUGAUAUACCCUAUAUUGAUUUGAAGGGCGAGGAACAAGUAAACUUGGUUACUUAUCCCAACAAAUUCUUCCUUCAUAAUAUCCCUUCCGGAUUUACUAAUACCGCAAUCGAAAAAGUCUAUCCAAAUAUGGUGCCCUUUGCCGUCUCAUGGGUGAAUGACAAUAAUGCUUGGAUCAUUCUUAGAGACGAAACAAAAAUACCUCAUGUUAAGCUUGGUGUCGUCGGAUUAUCCAGCGUGCAUUGCUUUUUACCUGGCUGUUCUCGUGAAACUGAGGGCGAAGCUUACGGUAUCACAAAGGAAGCUGGCAAGAUGGAGCUUAUUACACACGAACAAUGGCAAAUACUAUACGGUCCCAAAAAGACAGUGGAUUAUAGCAACACAGCCGAAGCCUUAAGGGCGGCAACAAUGAAUAAUAUUACACAAACUUCUGAAGAGUCUGUUCCCACAGGUGGUUCUGGUUACGAUGAUUUAGAUAUUCAAUUACCUCCCAGCUUUGCCGCUUCACUAAAGAGAUCCAGGGACUCAUCCGAGGAUAACGACGAUGCAUCCUUACCUGAUGCUAAAAACAGAAAGACCACCUCUUCUUAAUUUAAAGAAAAUAAUCGCUUGCAUUUCCCUCUGCAUAUUAUAAUAAAAAUAAUUCCAUGUGUAUAUUCAAUUUUAAAUUUCUGAUUUACUUGGUCGUUUUUGGGCUUUUAGUUUCGGGUUCUGCG